AGAUCUCUAAUGUGUUUGCAGUUUACGGCAUUCAUGUGGACGCCAGACAUCUUUCGCUUAUAUCCGAUUACAUGACAUUCAGCGGACAAAUCAAAGGAAUGAACAGACAGUCAAUGGACGGCGUUUCGCCGAUUCAGGCCAUGACUUUCGAAACCACUACUACUUUCUUGAAGAACGCCGCACUCAUCGGAUUGACCGAUGAUUUAUCGUCUCCUUCGGCCCGUAUAGUAGUUGGCAGGCCAUCAGUUGUGGGCACAGGUAUUGUUGAGACUCUUUGCAAUCCAGUGUUAGUGACCGGCACUAAACCCAACCAAACGUUUGGAAGUGUAAUUCAGUCCUCCAAAUGGAAGUCAAACAGGAAUUCGGGUUUUAAGAGGAAAUUCAAUUUGAAUAAAUUGGGCGAAACCCCUCUCAAUAAACGAAUAAAAUUCAGUUUAUAGUCACUUAUAAUCGAUUUAAUUACUAAAAUUUGACGAAAGUUUUACUUUUAUAUACCGUAUAAAUAUAUUGUCGCAUAAUUACUGUGCCUUAAUUCAUGAAAUUAUUCGCUGUUAAACCAAUCAAAGAUAUAUUUAGUUCCGUUGGGACUAUAUUUUUAAUAAAAUUAAAAUAAUUUCAUGUUUUGAAAUGAAGUAAA